GAAUAAAAAUGUGUAACAGUUUCAUCCUGUACAUUCCAACACUUCAUCAAAAUGAAUUAGAGACUGAGAUCACAGCUCAGACAAUCUUUAGAGCUUCAGAAUAAACCCAGCAUUAUCCUAUUUUUCUUUAGCUCUCCAAGCCACGCCCCAUGGUCAUCUAACCCAGCUUUAAUUGGACGGCGAGUUGGCCAGCAAUUCAGUCAUUGGUGGAUCUUAAGAGCCUUUAUGCUUGUUCAGAAAAGCAGUCUGUAACUGUCCAACAGCAGGCGAGGCAAGGAUAAAGAGAAAAGAAGGGAGUGACAGAGAUUUGGGAAUAGGGAGGGGGGCUCAUUCAUCCUACUAGAGCAAGAGAGGAGGAGUGGAGAAGUUAGUGCACGGAGCAGGAAACUAUUGCCGGCUGUGAGAAAGUAAACAUCACUGAUUAUUCACCGCCCUCGCACAGGCCUAAGUUCAGCAACAGCGGGUGGAGUUGGUAGAUAAAUGAAGGAUGAGGAUGUGUUCAAGGCAACUGAUUUUAUAGGAAGUUGAUGGGAGGUUGUUGGGAUUAAAGUCUCUCUUGGGAGCUGCUGAAGCUGUGAAGUACUACUAAGGAGAAAAAGAUCUUAUGUCCACAGCUUCAUCUCAUCACCAAUUGGAGAAGGAUGUGGAGGAAGAAGAGGGGGAGAGAUUUACAUUUGAAGAUAAUGUGAAGUUUGGUGAACAAACAGGCAAUGCUGUAUGCAGAGAUAAGACUGGAGUCAAAUACAUCGAGUCUCAGACACAGUCAGUCAAACUGGACACGACUCUGAAAAACGCAGAUAAUGCAUCUCAAGACAAUAUUACUGGCUCCCCUGCUGGUCAGGAGAAUGCCAGUAGCUACAAUGAGCCAAGCAACAAAGAAAGGGAAUCUUCUAUAGAUCAAGCUGCCACAAACUUGGAUCCAUCAGAGAGCUUAAAAGAGGUAGACCAGGCAUGCACUCAAGUGAAAACAGAGAGGCAGACAUGCACUCUUAAACCUAAUGCAGAAGUUGAGGAAGCUACACACAGCUCAGUCCAACAUGAUGAAGUUGAGCCAAGCAACAAAGAAAGGGAAUCAUCUAUAGAUCAAGCUGCCACAAACUUGGAUGCAUCAGAGAGCUUAAAAGAGGAAGACGAGGCAUGCACUCGGGUGAAGACAGAGAAGCAGACAUGCACUCUUAAACCUAGUCCAGAAAUUGAGGAAACUAAACACAGCCCAGUCCAACAUGAAAAAGCCGAGGUUGAGUUGGAACAUCAGACAGCUAGUCCAGAGGUGAUCUAUGAUGAUGUCCCCUGUGAAGAUCUAUCUCCAGAAGUUGACUUGAUCUAUGAGGACGUUCAGCAAGAGGAAGGUCAGCACGGGCCCAAUAAUGGCUGGAGCUCCAGUGAGUUUGAAAGCUAUGAUGAGCAGUCUGACUCUGAGAGGGCCACAACCCGCAGUAAGUUCUCCCCUGAUGUGCGCCGCCUGAGAGAACGUUACGCCAGGACCAAAAAGGAGCUAACCAUGAGACUGGGGGGCAGACAUCAGGUUCAUCAGCUGAUGCGGGCAGCACGCAGUGGAACGAAAGAUGGCCUGGAGAAGACCAGAAUUGCUGUGAUGAGAAGAGUCUCUUUCUUACAUAGAAAGGACCACUCGGAUGACACUGAGGAAGAUACAGGGUAUUUGGAUGUGAUGGUUUCAGAGGCAAAACACCCACCUGCACAGCUGGGACCAAUGCCAGAUGGACUUAGCAGCCAGCAGAUUGUUCGCCGUCAUAUUUUAGGCUCCAUUGUGCAAAGUGAAAGGAGUUACCUGGACUCUCUGAAACGGAUCCUGCAGGAAUACCAGCGACCUUUGAUGGAGGCAGAGCCUCGGAUCCUCAGCAUCAAGAAAAUCCGACCCAUAUUUUUUCGUCUAUGGGAAAUCAUGCAGUGCCACUCCAUGUUCCAGAUUGCUCUGGCAUCUCGGGUGGCCGAAUGGGACACUAGCGAAAAGAUCGGAGACUUGUUUGUAGCUUCGUUCUCCAAGUCCAUGGUGCUGGAUGUAUACAGCGAUUACGUCAAUAACUUCACCAAUGCCAUGGCCCUCAUUAAGAAAGCUUGCAUGUCUAAACCAGCAUUUUUGGACUUCCUCAAGAAGAAGCAGGCGUCCAGCGUUGACCGCAUAACCCUCUACGGUCUGAUGGUGAAGCCCAUUCAGCGCUUUCCUCAGUUCAUCCUUCUCCUGCAGGACAUGCUGAAGAACACCCCUGCCGGCCAUGUGGACAGGCUGCCCCUGCAAUUGGCUCUGACUGAAUUGGAGACCCUCGCUGAGAAACUGAAUGAGCAGAAAAGGGUGGCUGAUCAGAUCACUGAGACGCAGCAGCUCGCUCGCUGUGUCACUGACCGCACACUCAGCAAGCUGUUAAACUCCGAGCAGAGCUCUUUGAUCCUGUGCGAGACCCUGAUUGAGACGGUGUACGGCGAGCGCGGACAGGUCCUCAAGUCUAAGGAGAGGAAAGUCUUUCUCUUUGGUGACAUGAUCAUCUGUGCCAACAUCAAUGUCAAGGGGCCCCCUGACAUCAGCAGUUUGGUACCGGUUGGACCCAAGUACACCAUGAAAUGGAGCGCCCCCUUACAGCAAGUUCAGGUAGUCGAGGUUGGCCAAGAGGGCUCCCAAAGCAAAGACUCUCUAUAUCAGCUUGGAGCCGUCAAGCGUUCGAGCGGUUCUUCUGCAGCGGGAAGCAUCAUUUUGGGUCCACCCCGUCUAUAUCAGGAGCUGCAGGAGCUUCAACAUGACCUGUCGGUGGUGGAGCAAGUCACCCUGCUGGUGGGGACCUUACAGGGAACGUACCAGAAUCUGAACACGGCGGUAGCACAGGACUGGUGUCUGGCCCUGCAGAGGCUUAUCCGCAUCAAAGAGGACCAGAUUCAGAGUGCCAACAAAUGCCGUUUGCGACUGCAAGUCCCUGGUCGACCAGACAAGUCUGGCCGUCCUGUGAGCUUCACUGUGGUCUUCAACACUCCAAGUCCACUCAGCAAGAUCUCCUGGGUCAACCGGUUACAUCUAGCAAAGAUAGCAUUAAGAGAGGAGAAUGCACCAGGUUGGCUGUCCGCUGAAGAUAAUGGGAAGAUAAAAGCUUCACUCUGCUGUCCUCUCUUUGUAUAUCGCAUGCCUGUAUUUCCUUCAAAAGCCCAGGAAUGGAAGCUUGAGGCUGCUCUUCAUAAUCCUGUCCAGUGUGCUUUACUUGGAUUCUCAGCUGCAAGCACUUCACUUCCUCAAGGCUACCUUUGGGUAGCUAGCGGAGGUGAUUCCACUCAAGGUCAAGUGGACAUCUUCUCCUUAAACAGACCCACGCCUCGGCCUGUAAAAACCGUCCUGAUGGGAGCUCGAGUGUUGGGUUUGGAAUAUGUUCCUGAGCCCAGCCCUUCAGAGGACAAUGAAACCGGACCUUACGAUCCCACUGGAGUUGGAAACACUAUCUGUGUGGGUCUUGAUGAUGGAAGCAUCCAGGUCUACGGUAGCAUGGACACGGCUGCUCACUGUCUCCUGACCCUACGUAACCCCGAGGGCUGUCCAGUUCUGUGUCUGAAACACUCCGGAAACUUUCUGUUUGCUGGCCUGAGGGAUGGAACGCUGAUGGUGUACGAGAGACAUCACAGAGGGGAACUAUGGAACCCAGACAGCUGUAGGAAAGUAACCGUUGGUUCAGAUCCUGUCAGGGCGCUACUCGCUUUAGAGGACUCUGUCUGGGCAAGCUGUGCAAACACAGUUACUGUAAUUCAAGGGUCCAGCCUGUCCACUCAGAGAUUUGAGGUCCACCAGGAUCCAAUGAUGAGCGUGGCCCAAAUGGUGCGAGCUGGAGGUGGUGUGUGGAUGGCCUUCUCAGAGGGUUCCUCUAUACGACUGUUUCAUACCGAGACAUUGGAGCACCUACAGGAGAUCAACAUAUCCACACCUGCCUCUUUUCACAACCCAAAUCAAAAGAGCCUGCGAGUAACAAGUCUACUGAUUUGCCAGGGGUUGUUGUGGGUAGGUACAGCCCAGGGUAUUAUCAUCACCUUGCCUGUGCCCAAACUGGAGGGUAUCCCCAAAAUUACAGGUAAAGUGAUGAUGUCUCUCAACUCUCACUGUGGACCUGUGGAUUUCUUAGUUGCUAUUUCCAGUACUCUGUCACCGAAUCUUCUAAAGCGAGAUUCUGUCGUGGAAGGGCCCGAUUCUGCUUGCGGUGCAGAGGAGCGCAGCGAUUCCUCCCAGGAGUCUCUCCAGCAGCCCUGCGUGUCUGCCCACAUUGAUGGUAAAGCAAAGGGACGGGGCUUGUUGCUACAGUACCGCCUCCGUUCCACCUCGGGGUUGCCUGGGCGACCGUUAACCGCACGAGGGGACGAAGCCUCGGAUUCGUCUUUAGAGUCACUGGAACACAUCAUGGAAGACGGAUCGAUUUACGAACUCAGCGACGACCCAGAUAUGUGGGUCAAGGGACGACCCUGUGAAAGAGACGGGGCGAGGAGGGACCGGGUUACCUCUGUGGGCGUCAUCUCGGGGGGAAAGGGUUUUCGCAGACUGAGGGAAGGUUCACAGGUUGUCACAACAGAAAACACGCUUAUGAUAUGGCAGCUCCCUCUCGCUGUUUGAGCAAGAGUGAUGCAAGAACUUUAUGUGUGUGGUACAAAAUGAGUCUCAGGAUUUUACAUUUCAUCAUUAUUAUAGAGAAUGAAUAUCUGGGGAUACCAAGAAAGCAAGAUUCCUGACCCAUGUAUUUAACAUCUCAGACAGCAGAGUUCCACGUCAUCAAAAGCUUGACUGUUUAAACUGCAUAUUUCCUUGCGGGCCGCAGUCAGGUCAACCUUUUGUGAAUGAUUUUCUUCACUUUGGAAUUCACCACGCCACGGAGCAGCUGAAGGGUCUUUAUAUUCCCGAGGGUCUGAAGAAAUCAUAUCAGCAGAAGGCGAAAAGCAAAGUGAAUGGGGCUUUCUUACACUUCCUUGAGAUUUUCUUCUCACCCCGUGACUCUUGAUAAUGUGAACACGCAAUUCUUGUUAAAAGUCAAGUCUGGGCAGGACAGAACGGGGCGAGUGUUAAAAGCUCAUGAAACGGUUUUAAAAUGUUUGACAGGGCCUACACUUCUUUGAUGGGGAUUGUAAAACCUUAUUAAAACUCUUUUACUGGACACCUCUUUUUUUGUCGGACGUGACCAGGAAACAUUUUCACCAUAUGUUAGCUGUUUGAAACAUCCACUUAAAUCUCUGUUACUUAACAAGCAGAUUCAUUAGCAGCUGGUGUUAGAAAAAUACAAGCAUCGCUAAUUACAGAAACGUUGUGGAGGCUUUUGAGGUUCAAUUGGUUUUGUUGAAGAGUUAUUCAGAUCCAUUUUUAACAAAUGCAACAGUCGACCAUAAAGAUUUGUGCCAGGAAUUUUAUUAUAUGGUGUAAAAGGGAAUAGAUUGUUGCUUUUUGGUACAAACAAAUGAAUAAUACAUUAAUGAAUAAAUAUACUUUCAAUAUAUGAGUUUAAUGAACAAUUACCUACCUUUGCAGAUGUUACUGAGCCUUUACUGAGCAAACAGAAUAGGAAACUAAUAAAUAAUAUUAACAUUAAAAUCCAGAUGCUUCAGAAAUAGUUUCUUUAACAAUAUAUAAUGUUUUAUUUUUUUAUACCUCACCACUGUUGUCAUCAUUCAUUUUUCACAGCGUGUAACAUUAUGAAUGUACAGAAUGUAUAAGUUGUCUGCAAGCACUAUCAUGAAUUUGGUACUGCAAGCUUUUGUCUUAAAUGGAAAGUUCACCCAAAAUUUAAAACUUUAUUAUUAUUUACUCACCCUCAUGUUAUUUGAACCCCUAAUGACCUUCAUUGUUCUUCAAAACCCAAACCUCAGUCACCAUCCACUCCCAUACAGUAGUUACCAAAAAACCCUUUAAGCUUAAAAAUUAAAUAAUAACUCCACUUGACUUGUGUCAUAUAUUUUAAGUGUCCUGAAGACAUUUGUGGCCCUGGACCACAAAACCACUCAUAUUAUGGGCGCACUCACAUUAUCCAAACCAAACCAAACCAUGCCCCAGCGCGAUUGUCACCCCUCCCUACUCCCCCAGGUGCACGCACUCACACUGUACUUUUUUGCCCUGUCCCAAAUGGCACACUCCGGACUUGUGGUCCUCCUCAGAGUCCACACUUUGAUGACAUCACGUAGUCCAGACUUUAGGGACCCUUGAUGCGAGUCCACGUGGGUGCACCGGAGUCGUAUUUUGGGACAGACUCGAGCAUCACACCGGAAAUAGAUAGAGAAGUUGCCCGUCAGUGUGAACUCCUCCCUUCCAUCGUCUGAUUGGUCUGAUUGCCCUUUCGCAAGGACUUCUGGGAUGGUAAAGUGCGCGAAGCCUGCUGCAGUGCGGGCUUCGCUAAAGAUUGCAUCAAGGGGGCAAAGGAGGCGCUGAUGAGCACACUUCAAAGCAUAAAAAUGACAGAUGGGACACCCUACGGACUCGUAGACUAAGCGAGAACGCGCAAUUUAAGGCCACGAGACCGAAAGUCCACAUGAAGUGCGCCAUUUGGGAGAGGGCCUUUAUCGAUCCGAGUCCGGGCGCGCUUUCGUCAUAAAAUGCGAUUGUUUUGAAAAAAGCAGGAAGUAAAGCUCUCUCUUAACACUGGAACCCACCGUAAUGAUAAGUCUGUGUUUUUUAUUCGAAGUCGUUUGGUGCGCGAUUACAGACAGCCUUCUCACAUGUCAUCAUAUUGCUUAGUUGAUCUGUCACGUGCGCAGCCCGGACAUUCAGGUAACCCGCUGCGCGCAUCAAAAGGUUUUUACAGAGGCAGAUGAAGGUGAGUGGUCGCGCAACUGACGUCUUCACCUUUUGAAUCGCGUUCAGGCGCGAUUGCGCUCACACCACAGCCUUCCGCGCCUGAGCCCAAGUGAACCGCACUCCGGCCCACCUCUGCAACCCGGCCGCGGCGCGAUUAACCAAUCCGCGCCCGGGCGCGGAACAGAGCGAUCACACUUGUCAAACAAACCAGGCGAACGCGGUUUGGUUUGGAUAGUGUGAGUGCGCCCUAGUCACAGGUAUAUUUGAAGAGUUUGGUUUCAAAACGCAAUAAAUCCAUUUUGACUAAUUUCGGUAAAAACGUGUUUUCUAUACCAAAAAGUGACAAGAUGAAACCAAUAUUUUCAGUUACAAACUUUCACAGAGCAUCUUUAGGUUUUAAUAACAUUAAAAAUUCAAAUCCAUAAUUUGGUUUUCAAAGAUUUAUUACAAAAACUAUUGUUUUUUUUAGCAUUUUUUUCUUAAAUAAAUUGAUUUAAUUUUUUUCCUAUAAAUCUAUUGAUUCAAUAUAUAAUUGGCAUUCAUCUUUGCCAUUUUCAUGUUCAUUUAGUUGGCUAGUGGUAUACACGGAUUAAAAAAAAUAACAUUAAUGGCAUUAAUCAAAACACUUACUUUGUCAUAUUAAGAACACUGUCAUUGCUGCUGUCAUCUUUGGGACGUCGUCGCUGAACUUUUUUGACAGCGAUCAGCUGCAAAAUGUUUUUGUCCUGCUCGAUUUUCAUUGACUGCGAGUAAAAUAAUGGAAAGUUUUUCAUUAGAUCUACUAAGGUCAAUGUGUUAACAUGACAGAAGUUUGAUGCUGUUGAGAGAACAAGCAACAGCCGGCAUUUUUCCUUCUCCCGAGUGCCUCUUGUAUAGAUCAUUCGAUUUUAAUGGUUUACAUUUCUUCCCCGCCACAGAAAACCAACACAGGUUUAUCAAUGCAAUCAAAGUAUUAUUUUGUUUUUGUUAACCAAUUGAUAAGGAAAACUAGGAUUCUGUGUGUAUUCAACGCACCAACAUUGUUGUUUACAAUGCUUGGAAUGGUGCGCUGUGAUUUGUUGAGCGGAUUUAUUGCAUUCUGCAGAGAAGGAGGACUGGCGUUUAUCAUGUUUUGGGAAAAAGGAAGAAAAGUUGACAAAAUAACAGGGCGGAUAUUGAUUUCGCAUAAAAUUAAGAAUUUAAUUUUUAAUACUGACCUGAUACAAUACUGAUUUUGGCUGUAAUCAUUUUUUUAAAUGCCGUUUAUCACGUUUUGGAACCAAACUCUUCAUAGCCAACAAUGCAUUGUAUUGGUCAAUAUUAUCAUUUUUUGAGCCUAAAAUCAUUAGGAUAUUAAGUAAAAAUCAUGUUCCGUGGAGAUAUUUUGUAAUUUGUUUACUGUUAAUUUAUAUAAAGAUGUAUCAUUAGCAAUAUGUGUUGCUAAGAACUUAAUUUGGACAACUUCAGAAGCAUUUUUUUGCACCCAUUUUUUUUUUCAAAUAGUUGUAUCUUGGCCAAAUAUUGUCCUAACAAACCACACAACAAUAUAAAGCUUAUUAUCUGAAAAACAAAUUGGGGGUUCAAAUGACAUAACGGUGAGUAAAUGGUGACAAAAUAUUUAUUCUAGGGUAAACUAUCCCUUUAAAUCGUUUUUUAUUUGCAUAAUAACAAAUUAAACAUUUAUGAAGUCCAUACUGUCCAACUGAUUAUAAUAACAGUCAUGCAUUGUUUGGAUGUAAAAUUUAAAGUGAAUUCAGUUUAACAUGAAUAAUACAAUCUACACUACUGUAUGUGUUCAUAACGUAACUACUUGAAGUUUCCAUUUGUGCCCCAAAUGCACUGAAAUGUUUAAAAUAUUAAAUCGUCUCACAUUGUUGUCAAUGCACUGUUAAUAAAUAAGAAUAUGUUUUAA